AUCAGAAACCAGUCACUGAUUCCAAGAUUCUGCGCAGUAGAUAAUGUUGCGUCUUACUAAUCACCAUACCUACUUCAAUUUUAUAUCAUUAUCAAUAUUUUUAAGUCUUGUGCUAUUACUUAGAAUGAUACUUAUUUAAACUGCCGUUAAACGGUUGUGUACUUAAAAUGCCGUCAAAUAAAGCGUCUGGCCGGAAGGUGAACUUGGUUCCCGAAGUGAUUUCAUGUUAUCGACGAUUAUAUACAAUUAUUCCACAUAGAAUGUAUUUCAACAAUGUUUAUUUACUUUUUAAACUUUAUAUUAUCAAUUUUUGAUUGAUUUGAUUAAAUUUUCUUUGUAUGAGUUGAGAAAAAGAUGUUUGUAAAGCCACAAGAAGUUCUUAUCGCUAACGCGUUUUGGGAGACUGAAAAAUCUUCAAUAUAUUUUGUACUGCAACAUCGAAAGGGCCAUGGCAACUUUAAAGGAUUGUCAUCACUACUUGUGGGAACUAUGGAUAGUAUUUUUGAUACAAAACCUGCUCCAUAUAGGAUUUUACAUCAAACUCCAUCUUCGGAAGUGUAUUACUUAAUUGCUUGUGCUAUGACCAGAAAAGAAAUUUUGGAAGAUUGGGAUUGGCUAUUCACCAAUGUUUCAGAAACCCUGCAUUCUUUUGAUAGUGAAGAUGAUAUAACAGAAUUUGUCUCAUGCAAAAUUGAAUCAGUGAUAGCAACAAGACAAAAUGUCGAAGUUGAAGAUGAAGACACGACUUCAUUUAAGGUGACAACUGAGAAGUUCCAUCGACUUUUUCAGUUGGCUAGGGAUGAAAAGUUGGUGAAUUAUUAUUCUUGUAGUUACUGGAAAGGUAAACUGCCACGUCAAGGUUGGAUGUACUUAUCCAUAAAUUAUUGCUGUUUUCACGCCUUCAUUCUUGGACUUGACACUAAAGUUUGUAUAAGAUGGUCAGAAGUUACAAGUCUCAACAAGAAAAAUGGAGUCAUUCUUCCAGAUUCCAUACAGAUUUGUACGAGAGAAAAAGAAUACAAUUUCAGCAUGUUUCUAAGCAGAAACGAAACUUUUUCUCUAAUGGAGCAGCUCGUAGAUUUAGCAAUGAAAAGAUUAAUUGAUGAAAAACGAAGUUAUAGUGAAGAUAAAGAACUGCUUAAUAAAUUAAGUAAAAAUGUACCCAAAAAAGCUUCUUUCCUAAAACGAGAUUUGGAUGCAAGGGCACAAUCUGAGGCUUACAGAUUGAUGUUUCGAUUACCAACUAUUGAAAAACUAGAUGGUUCAAUAGAUUGUACUUUGUUUACUCCCUACAAUAAGAGGCAUGUCAGUGGAAGGCUAUUUUUGUCCCAAAAUUAUAUUUGUUUUGAAAGUAGGGUCAAAGCUCAAGUUAGUCUCGUUAUUCCAUUUAGAGACAUGUCAGUAACGGAAAAAAUAGAAACGAAUGUAGCAAACCAGCCAUUGGACAAAGCAAUUAUUGUUACUACUGGUGACGCUUUGAACAGAACAAAUUUUAUAUUUGCACAAAUUUUAGACAGGGAUUUUUUAGUGGAGAAAAUUGCAGAACUCUUGGCGAAAACUAAAGAACCCAAAAUAAGUCAUUUAAAAGAACGUUUACACAUCACAAACGCGAGCGGUGAUGGUAAUACAUCCAAAACAGAUAUUAGUUGGAAAUGUCAACCAGCUCUUAUGAAAACGUUUCCGCUGAGCCCGAUUCCUGAUGUAUAUAGGAAGCAAUCUAUUAAGGCUAGAGAUUGGGAAGAUCAUUUUAAUAUAUACGGACGAGGUGUAUCGAUGUACAGAACCACAGAGGUGGCUACGCUCGUGUUACAAGGUGUUCCGGAUCAUUUAAGAAUGGAAAUAUGGUUGUCGUUUUCUGGUGCUGCUCACGAAAAAGCUUCUCAUCCUGGUUACUACCGUCAGCUGGUAGAUAAAGCUCUAGUCCAACAAUCAACAGCAAACGAUGAAAUUGAAAGAGACCUUCACCGUUCUCUUCCUGAACAUCCGGCAUUCCAAAGCCCUAUAGGAAUAGAUGCUUUGCGACGUGUACUUUGUGCCUAUGCUCUGCAUAAUCCUAGUAUCGGUUACUGUCAAGCUAUGAACAUAGUUGCCUCCGUCCUUUUGAUAUACUGUAAUGAAGAAGAAGCUUUUUGGUUAUUGGCCACUCUGUGCGAAAAUCUCCUUCCUGAUUAUUACAAUACUAGGGUGGUAGGUGCUGUAGUAGAUCAAGGAAUAUUAGAUGAACUUACCCUUGAACAUUUGCCAAAUCUUCAUGACAAAUUAAACCAGUUAGGUAUGACCAAUAUGAUCUCUCUUUCAUGGUUCCUGACGAUAUUCUUAUGCGUAAUGCCUUAUGAAAGCGCUGUUAAUAUUAUGGAUUGUUUUUUCUAUGAUGGCGCAAAAGUUAUUUUCCAAGUAGCCUUACAAUUGUUAGAAUGGAAUCAAGAGAGACUAUUAGAAUGUAGAGACGAAGGAGAAGCGAUGCAACAUUUAGCAGAGUAUUUGAUGGGAGUGUUUAACGAUGAAGGAAGAGGAGCUAUUAGAAACAAAAGUUACGAUGAUCAAAAAAGGAGUAUAUCAAUUCAAGCGUUAAUAUAUGAAGCAUACAGAAAGUAUGGUUUUCUUACAACAGGCCAAAUUGAGAGGUUACGAUUGAAACAUAGAUUAAAAGUUGUGCAAGAAUUAGAAGAUACAUGUGAACGAAACGUAUUGAGGUGUGUAAUUGCUGAUGGUUAUUUUACACAGGAUGAAUUGCAGGAUCUUCUAGGAUUAAUCAGAGAAGAAAUAAUAAGUCAAAAAAAAUGCAUUCCAGAUAAACACGAUCCUUCGUUACAACCUUACGAAGCUUAUAAAAUUGAUUUUGAUUAUUUUAAAAUUUUAUUUGCCGCUUUGUCUCCAUGGGGAAAGGGUGAGACUGCUGAAUCCAUAGCUGCCAGAGUUUUUACGUUAAUGGACCAAAACCAAGAUAGUUACCUCAAUUUUCGCGAACUAGUAACGGCCUUAGGCCUUAUGUGCACUGCCGAUCCAGCGCAGAGGUUGAAACUGCUCUACGCUAUUCAUUUACCGCCGAUCCUUAUUAUGUCAGACAUCGAAUCUCCAAUCAAAAAUGAGUGUGGGACGGAAGUCGCUUCCGAAGCGACCGAUUUCUUCACUAACGUUGAACAAAGCGUCACUGUGGACAGCCUGAGUUUGAAUGAAGAGACGCCUUCUCCUCUGACACCUACCUUUCAGUGGCAAAAAUCUUACGAUUCGCAAGCGUCUGUAGAAACUGCCUCGUUCAGUGGAGAAAUGAAUUGGGAGACAAAAAGUAUGACCAAGUUAAGAAGUUUUGUCCAAUCUAAAGACGGCAAAAUUAAUUUAAAAACAGUUCCUAAAAUGUCACAACCUCGUUUCAUCACACUUUGGAAGACUGUGUACGAUAUAUUCCAAACUGAACCUGAUGAUUUGGAAAUGUAUCAAGCCAUUACAAAUGUAGUCACACUGCUUUUUGAACUUGGCGACGUCGGCAAACAAUUUUUCGUAUGUCGAGAUGAGUCUGAUGACAGUUUAGUGACAGCUGCCAACGAGACGUUGUCGAGUACUCUAAUCGAUAAAAUGUCUCCUGAUAGAAACGGCAAUCCAUCAGUCAACCCUUCAACGCCAAAAACAGAGAUCCAGUGGUAUAUAACAGUGGAACAAUUCUUAGCUUCAAUAUUGAAUUCGCAGCCGUUGGUCGAAUUCUUUUCGAAGCGCGUGGAGAUCAAGGAGAAAAUACAACUGUUAAAAAACAAAAAAUAUUUCAGGUUAAACUCUUUUUACGAAGUGCCCGCCAUCAAAGUCUGAUUUGAACUGUAUUGAAAGUUUUCAUGUUUAAUACAUCGCUCAAUGUAAAAAAAAUACGGGGCAAAAUUUUUGACAAAUUUGUUGUUUGCUGCUUGUAGGUGCAGUUUGUGAUUCUUGCAUUGAAAAUACGAUGAAUGAAGAAGUAAAAUCUUUCAAAAAUACAACCAUUUUAAUCAGCAAUAUGCGAAUAAGAGCGAUGCAGGUAUACCAACAUUCAUAGUUAUUUAUGCAGCUGUAAUAUUAUUGAAAGUAAUGUAUAUAUAGAGCAAGUAUGUUCCACAUUUUACAUAAUGAUAAAAUAUAUAGGAUGGAUUAAACAAAACUAAAUAUAUGAAAAUACAUUAAAUAUAGUGUUGAUUAAUUUGACAAAUAAAGAUAUGCCUCAUUUCGGCACAUCAUUAAAAAAAACAUUGAUCCAUCCUGUAGCCUAUAAUGCAUCACUAGUAUUUUCUACAUGUUUAAAAAUCGAUUGUUCACUUUACUGUUAUUUGAUUUUUAAUUCUUUAAAUAUGGUGCUCAUUAUUUUAAUUUGUAAAAUAGGUAAGUAUUGGUGAACUUUCAAUUUUUCGUU